ACGCGCGUCCCGGCAGCACCGCCUCCAAGCGAGCGGGAGAUUUGAACGGAAGAGGCGGCGGGCGGACGUGCAGCGUUAGGUGGCGAGCUUUGGGCAUGGUGGAGGGUCCGUGCUGUGCCUUGUACGGAGAGAGGCUCCGCGCCCGAGUGCGCCAGGGCCAGGCGGUGCGGAGCACGCAGGGCAGCGCAUCGCCAGCCGGAGCUGGCGGCACGAUUUCCGUGAAUGAGAAUAAAAUCCCUGCUCACAAUUUCCUUAUUGGACAUGUUUACAGAGGCGUGGAAACUUUGGGAAAGGAGCUUUUUAUGUAUUUUGGUCAGAUAGCUUUGAGGGUUCACUUUGGUAUGAAUGGUUCCAUGUGCAUUAAUCAUGAUGGAAGGAAAGACAGAAAUGGAGCACUACCAGUUUUGGAGAUACAGCUUGCAGAGGAUACAGUUUGUUUUUUUGAGGCAACAGUAGAGUAUAGAAAUGCAGCUGAAAGUGAGCAGAAAGUGAGAAGGAUGGAAAGUUUGGAUGUCUGCUCUCCAAAAUUUAGCUGUUUAAGAGCAGAAAGUGAGAUUAAGCAGCAGAAAUCCCGCAUGUUGUGUGAUGUGUUACUGGAUCAAGCAGUAUUACCUGGAGUGGGAAAUAUCAUAAAAAAUGAAGCACUAUUUGACAGUGGCCUCCAUCCAGCUGUUAAAGUUUGCCAACUGACGGAUGAACAUAUACGUCACUUGGUGAAAAUGACACGUGACUUUGCCCUCCUUUUUUAUAAGUGUCGCAAAACAGGUUCUCCACUCUACAAACACUACAAAGUAUACAGGUGCCCUACCUGUCAUCAGUGCAAUGGGAAGAUCACAGUAUGUCGUUUAGGAGAGAACGACAGGAUGACCUACUUUUGCUGUCGAUGCCAAAAGACUGAUCCCCAGCUUGUCAAUCUGAGCAAGCUGCCAACUAGAAAUAGCUUAAUUGGCUGGGUAUAUGGCAGGGGGUCAUGUUCUAAUGAACAUGUAGCUCAGAAAUCUGAAGAAGAGUGGACAUGUAUGCGCUGUACCCUAAUAAACAAGCCUUCUGCUAAAAUUUGUGAUGCCUGCUUGACUUCAAGGCCUGAAGUUCCAAAGAUAGAGAAUGAUGAAGAUUCUGUAGCCUUUAACAGAAGCUUAAUGAAGUACCCUUGUAAUGAUUUUGGAAAGCCAAGUGUAGAAAUAAAGAUCAACAGGAAAGCUGCAUUUGGACAUACAACCCUUGUCUUAACAGAUCUUGGUAGCAAAGUUGUUCUGAGAAACAAUACCCAAAUAUCUGAUGGACACACUCAGCAUGAUUCACCAAAGAGAAAUUUGGAUCAAAUCCAAAAUAAUGGAUACCAGUCAGGGGGAAGCAUAGACAAGUACUGUUCAACAAAUGUCACGGCUAUGGCUUCAUCCUCCCAUCAGCAGCCUCUCUCUUUCAAACCUGUCCAAAAGAAGCAGAAAACUGAUCAUAUAUCCUCUGUUCUCCAGCAUAAUAUAGGUAUCAGCAAACAUCAAGUUAAUAUGACAGAUGGUAUUUGUACGUUAAACACGGGCCAUCCUCGCUGCACUAAACAUAGCCGCCUCUGCAGCCUCAGAGUUGUGAGAAAGGAAGGAGAAAACAAGGGCAGACAGUUUUAUACUUGUCCUCUACCCAGAGAAUCUCAGUGUGACUACUUUCAAUGGGCUGAUUUGAAUUUUCCAUUCUGUAACCAUGGGAAGCGCUGUGUUAUGAAGACUGUGUUGAAGAUUGGUCCCAAUAAUGGAAAGAACUUUUUUGUGUGCCCUUUUGUGAAGGAAAAACAAUGUGGCUUUUUUCAGUGGGCAGAUAAUGGGUCAGGUAUGCAGAUUAUUGCUUGAUACUGAAAUUUUCACCUGUAAAAUGACAUUCUGUAGUUAUUUGCUCCUUAGGAUGUCUUAAAAGUAUUUGACUUUUUUAGUUAUUAUUGGGUUUUUUUUUUCUGUUUAUUGGUUCAUAAUGA